AUGGAGGAUUGCCUUCAUACUUCAUCUGAGAAUCUGUCCAAAUUGGUCAGCUGGGCCCACAGCCAUGGGACCAUUUGCAGCCUCAUUCCAAACCUGAAACACUUGCUUUCGGAAGGUUCCCAUGGGAACCUUACAGCAAUGUGGGGCUGUAGUGCUGGCCAUGCUUAUCACUGGCCACUGACAGCUACUUGCAGAGCUGGGUCCCAAGAAAGGGUCUGUUUCCAGGAUAACAGAAGUUUUAACUCUGAUAGUCCCAGUAUAAUUGGAGUACCCUCUGAGACACAAACUAGCCCGGUUGAAAGAUAUCCUGGGAGACCAGUGAAAGCGAAGCUAGACUGUAAUCGGACCAGAGACUCUUGUGACUUCUCUUAUUGCAGUGAGCCCUCUGAACUGGAUGAAGCUGUUGAAGAAUAUGAAGAUGAAAACACCUUGUUUGACAUGGUUUGUGAGUCUUCUGUUACAGACGAGGAUAGUGACUUUGAACCCCAAACCCAAAGGCCUCAAAGCAUUGCUCGAAAAAGGCCUGGAAUAGUCCCAUCUUCUCUCCAUUCCAGCUCCCAGACUCAAAUGGUUGAUGAAUGCAGCAAUGAUGUCAUCAUUAAAAAAAUCAAACAAGAGAUACCUGAAGAUUAUUACAUUGUGGCGAAUGCAGAGCUGACUGGAGGGGUGGAUGGACCAGCCCUGUCAUUGACACAGAUGGCAAAACCCAAGCCUCAAACUCAUGCUGGUCCCUCCUGCAUAGGGUCUGCUAAGCUGAUUCCCCAUGUGACAUCUGCCAUUGGCACAGAGCUAGACCCACAUGGUGUAUCUGCAUCCCCCUCUGUCAUGUCCAGACCAGUCGUCCAGAAGACUGCCAGGGUAUCUCUGGCUUCACCAAACAGAGGACCCCCUGGUGCCCAUGGCACCAACCAUCAGGUGUCCAUGCAGAUGCCUGUGAGCACAUCCCAUCCUAACAAACAGAUCAGCAUCCCUCUGUCUGCCCUGCAACUGCCUGGACAGGAUGACCAAGUUGCUUCGGAAGAGUUCCUGCCCCAUCUGCCCAGCCAGGUUUCCUCCUGUGAGGUAGCUCUUUCUCCCUCAGUUAACACAGAGCCAGAAGUGAGCUCCAGUCAGCAGCAGCCCCCAGUCGCUCCAACCAUAACCACUGAGGCCACAGCACAGUGCAUACCAGACCAGGAUGAAAGAGCAGCUGAGCUCAGCAGGGAGCAGAAUGAGAAAACCAUCCGGAGCACGCAGACCGCGCUCCGCAAUUUCCCCUAUUCCACUAAGCUCAACAAAUUUCCUGUAUUUAAUAUUAAUGAUGACUUGAAUGAUCUGUGUACCAGUGCAGUAAGCCCAAACACUACCAAAGCCACACGAUAUGCUCUGAAUGUGUGGCGAUAUUGGUGCGUGACCAACGGGCUCAAAGAUCACACGGACAUCACCAAGAUCCCUGCGGCGAAGUUGAACGAGCUGCUCGAGAAUUUUUAUGUCACCGUUAAGAAGAGUGACGGCUCCGACUUCCUGGCCACCUCGCUGCACGCCAUUCGCCGAGGCCUGGACCGCAUCCUGAAGAAUGCAGGCGUGGGCUUUUCCAUCACCAGCAGCACCUUCAGUUCCUCCACCAAGAAACUCAAGGAGAAGCUGUGGGUGCUGAGCAAGGCAGGGAUGUCAGGGGCCCGUGCUCGCAAUAUUGUCUACUUCUCUCUUUCCGACGAGGAGGAGAUGUGGCAGGCAGGGUGUUUGGGUGAUGACAGUCCUGUCACUCUCCUGUCCACCGUGGUCAAGUACAACAGCCAGUACCUGAAUAUGCGGACCCUGCAGGAGCAUGCAGAUCUGAUGUAUGGUGACAUUGAGCUGCUCAAAGACCCACAAAACCAGCCCUAUUUUGCCCGGACAGACAGUGUCAAGCGGGAGAGCCGCAGUGGUGCCACGAGAGUAUGCCACGGGAAGAUCUACCAUGAGCACUCUAGGGGACACAGACAGUGCCCUUACUGCCUCCUAUACAAGUACAUGUACACCCACCGGCCGCCCACCCAAAUGGAGGCCAAGUCCCCUUUCUACCUCACGGCCCGGAAGGAGGCCACAGACACGGGCAGCGUGUGGUAUGAGGAGCAGAGGAUGGGCCUGCGGUCUCUUCGGGGGAUUGUCCCAAACUUAGCCAAGAAGGUCAAGCUGGAAAACUGUGAGAACUUCACCUUUGUCUCGUUUACUCAGGUCUCCAGGAGGCUUGGCUCCCACAGUUGCUGUCAGUGAGUCUUCCCCGACAAGC